AUGCGCCAAGAAGACCACGAUGGUUACAGAAACGAUUUAAGAAUGCUCCCAGAGAAAUUUGAUGAAUUGUUAGGAAAAAUUGGGGACAAAAUAACAAAGAAUGAUACUCACAUGCGAAAUGCCAUCCCUGCAUUAACCAAAUUGGAAAUAACCCUAAGAUUUUUAGCUACAGGUGAUUCAUUUGUAUCUCUAGAAGCAUUGUACAGAGUAGGAAAAUCGACGAUUUCCUUCGUUCCUGUUGUUUGUAGUGAAAUAGCUACUGCACUAAAGGAUUUUAUUAAAAUUCCUACGAGGCAGGAAUGGAAGGUGAUAGAAAAUGGCUUUCGAACCAAAUGGAACUUUCCAGGCUGUAUUGGAGCUAUCGAUGGCAAACACAUAAAUAUUAUUGCUCCUGACGAUACAUCAAAUUAUUUUAAUUAUAAAGAAAGGCACAGCAUAGUGCUACUAGCAUUGGUGGAUGACGAUUACUAUAUUUCCUAUAUUGAUAUAGGAUGUAACGGCAGAGCUUCAGAUGGAGGAGUGUUUGAAAGAUCAGGCUUGAAAGAAAUCCUGAAAAUUCUGUUAUAG